AGCAAAACGGAAUGGUUUACCUCAGUUUAUGGGAAAAGAGAGAGAGAUGGUGCGGACGGACCGACAGUCUCCCAGCUGAUCUCGGAGCUCACCCAACGCCACCCCACCCCACAUUCUUUACGGCGGAUCCGCGGGAGCUGGUUAGAGAGAAGCUGGCAGCGGGGAUCUGGAAGCGGCUCUUCCCGGCGCGAGGCGGCGGAGGGCGGCGACCGGCGUACGGCCUAGGGCUUCAGGUGGACAUUAGCAGGGGGAGUUCCAAAGCCACCGCCAUGGGCAUGGAGUGCUGCCGUGGCGCCAACCCCUUCCGCCUCUGCUCUGGCCUAAAGGUCAUCGGCUACUUCAUGAUCCUCCUCGUCGUCUCGAUCAUCGCCGUCUCCUACUGCGCCGUCAUCGUCAUCGCCUGGGGCCCGCGCCUCUUCCGUGGUGGCCUUGUCUCCGUCCUCGCCUUCGCCAUCGUCCUCGUCUUCCAUCUCCUGCUUGCUUUGUUAAUAUGGAGUUAUUUUAUGGUAGUUUUUGUUGAUCCGGGUUCUGUUCCUCUUAAUUGGAGGCCAACAAUUGAAGAAGAGAACUUAGAAAUUGGAAGUUCUGUGACAUUAUCUGAUUAUGUUGCUCCUGAGACCAGCGCUUCUGCAUGGUCCAGUUCAGAGGGGUUGGAAAGAAGACCAACUAUAGGCUACUGCAGUCGCUGUCACAAUAGCAAACCUCCACGUUGCCAUCACUGUUCUGUUUGUCAAAGAUGCGUCCUGAAGAUGGAUCAUCAUUGUGUAUGGGUUGUCAACUGUGUUGGAGUACGCAACUACAAGUGUUUUCUUCUUUUCCUGCUCUAUACUUUCCUUGAGACGGUUUUAGAUACUCUUGCAUUACUUCCACGUUUUAUCAAGUUCUUUGGUGAUGCAAGGAAUCAUAAUAGCUCACCCGGCAAGCUUGCUGUCACAUUUCUUGCUUUUGUUCUUAAUCUAGCUUUUGCACUGAGCCUCCUUUGUUUUGUGGUCUUGCACACAUCUCUUGUUUUAAGCAAUACGACUACAAUAGAGGUUCACGAGAAGAAGAAAGCAGCUGUAUGGAAGUAUGACUUAGGAAAGAGGAGAAAUUUUGAACAGGUUUUUGGCACUAAAAAGUCACUCUGGUUUCUUCCGUUGUACUCGCAAGAGGAUUUAGAAAAGAUGCCUGCGCUUCAAGGCCUAGAUUUCCCAACCCGUUCAGAUGUUGAAACGUAAAGAAUGACAUGUUUCAAAGAAGACAAGAACUGGCUUCUAUGGUCGUCAGAUUAUUAGUGAUUGGUUUGAAGGUAACUCACUGCUUUCUUGGAUUCUAUUGCUCCAUGAGAUUCUACAUUAUGCAUGAAGUUAAAAAGAGUAAGUGCUAUUUGUCCCCCACAAGGUCCAUGGAACGGCUGCAAAGCAAGGUUCUUUAAGGAACUGCCAGGGGCAAAGUUCGCAUCUUGGCCCUGAACCUGGUUUACCUUCUUAAAUUUGGGUUUGUGAUUCUGAACUAAAUUGCUGGGGGUAGAUAGUUGUCAUAAAGAAAAGAUUUUAGCAUGCAUUUGUUGAAAUACAUCUUUUUUACGAAAUUGUUUAUGAUUCAUUUGAUUGGAAUUGUAUAUUAUGUUCUUAACAUAAAUCAUUAUACAUUUGGACUUUGCAAGUUACUA